UAGCCGGGUUGAGCUUAGCAUGAAGCAAAAACACGUUGAAUCGCUUGGAGGUCAAGUUUAACCAAGCACCCUAAUGCAACUUAAGAAACAUAAAAUUAUGUUAAAAGAUUAACUGGUUAAACUUAAAGAGGACCCUUUUAAGGAAAGAAAUGAAUAUCAUUUGGGCAGCAUGCAACCUUCGCUGGAUGCAUUGAACAUACAGGAAAUAUAACUUCAAUAGAUAGCAUUUAGGGCAGGCAAAACUAGCACAGAUAACUGUCAUUGCUCAGAAAUAUAACUUAAAUAGAGUUUCUUAAAGGGAAGUAGGCGGAGAUUGGGAUUGCAAGGGUAAAUUGCAAGGUUGGUCACGGUAAUUAUUAUAAUGUUUCAAGUUUGGUCACUAGAAAUACUUAAUUCCGUUUGUAGUCACUAACUUUAUAUUUUCGUUGUAUUUUUAGUCACUCUCCGUCCAAUUCCGUUAACUUUUGUCUAUGUGGCAAUCAACUCUUAUAGUUGACCGUUAAAUUUGUGACAUGGUAUUUAACAAAUCAAUAAAAAAUAAAAUUUAAUAAUUCAAAAUUUCCACAUCAUUAUUGUAAUUAAUAAAAAAUAAAAAUUGAAAAAUAAUUACUUUUAGUCCCUCCUAUUCACCUCGCUCUCUCUCCUCUCUCUCAUAUUCGUCGUUCACUCCUCGCCCGUAAGAUCGCCGCCGACUCUUCUAAAUCCCUAGACGUCGCAGCUCAAUUUUUGCAAUUUCGCUACGGUGCACAUAGCCAAAUCAAUGUGCACGUCCACACUGAGCCGAGAAGAAGCCACGUCACCCAAAACCUAAAUCAAUGGCUGUAAGCGCUUGGCUGGAGGAAGGGCUAAAAAACCCUUUAAUGGCUAAAUGAGGGCGGCUAGCCGAGCCAGCCACUCUCUUUUCUCUCCCAAACGCACUCCCUUCUUUGAGCUAGGUUUUUUCAUUCUCCUUCUCUCUUGCAGAUCAGUUGUUCUGGCCUGAUUCGGAGAAAGGGGCUUUCUCGUUCAGCCCGUAGACGGAGCUCGACGACGCCUAGAAGGUGGUCGGUUGGGGUUCGCCGACUUGAAGAUCUCGAGGAGGGUGACCAGUCCGGCUGUUGAAGUUGUCGAUCCCGUCCCCACUCUUCUUGAGCGCCAGGGAAACGUGGUGGAUUUGGCCCAAAUUCCUCACCUGCUUCUCCUACUCGAUCCCGUUCCACGAGGCUGUGAAAUACUUGCUCCCCGAAUCGACGAAGAGAUGAAGUGCUUCUACCGCACCUAGAAUCCCUCUGCCGGCUUCAACCCGGUCCUCGGUCCACUACCGGGUACACAGGACUUCGAUGAUGUCUCCCUCGAGGAUCUGGAACUACCGGCGAUGACUCCCUCCUUACUCUCUGCCUGCCUUUCGUUAUUCUGCUGUAAUGUUCCUCUCUACUUCCUUCUUAUCCUUUGAUAUGAAUUUCUCUGCCUAUUGGGGAUCUUCCCGGAUCUUUAAUUCAUUACUGUUAUUGCUUUUCUUGAAGCAUUGGUCCUGUUAAUCUGCUUAUGUUGGAACAUACUGUAAGUUUGGAGUUGGGUAUAAAGAGUCUUGUUUUUUACACCACCAAACAUGGGAUUAUAUGAAUGGGAAUGGGUUGAGGGGACUCAUUGAGAUAUGGCCGAAUUUUACAUAUAUCUACUAUUCUUCUUUCUGGUAUUUAUUUAAGGCAAAUGCAGUGCUCACAUAUGCAUUUACGAUUGUUACAUAUCUUGGCAUAUGGUGGUAUAUAAUUGGCCUGUGAAGCACUGCUUGACUUUUAUGCUAUGUUGCUAGCUAGAAGAAGUGCAAGUGUUCAUUUGUUUCCUCUUUAGUACAAAUGUGUAAUAGUGUGUGUGAAUCCCCUUUGAUUUAAUGUUGUUUUCCACUAUGAAUCUGCAAGAUUGAAUCUACGCUUCUUGUUGCUGCCGAUCAACCAAUUUUGGACUACAAGGAUGUCAUGUUUGACUGUCCAGUUAGGUAGAUAUUAGAAUAUGAGUUGAGUAAACACCAAGUAUUAGUUCACCUUUACCGAAUAUGAUUUGAGUCUUAUUGUAGAUAGAAACUUCUUUGUGCAUUGAAGGCAGAUUGUAGGCGAGGUAUUUGACAUAAAUAUAUGUUGAAUUUGAGUUUUGAUCUGUGUUUUGAUGUCCAACACAGAUCAAAGUCUUUUGGGGGGCUUGGAUGAUGAAUAAAGUCUGGAACUUUUUGAGGUUUUAGCUCUCUGAGCUACCGGUGGUUAAUUGGUUGGGGGUGGAGAUGAAAGAAAGUUGCUGUCUUUUUUCUGGUGAAAGUUUUGAUAUUUUUCACGUAAUUUCCUUCUGUGGUUAAAUAUUCAAGCUCGGUUAGGUGACCUGUAGUUUGUUUCAAUUUUGGAGCUUUUAUUUGGUUGAGGAUUUUGGUGGGGAAGAAUCUGGAAUUGACAGUCUGAGCUCCAUCUUCACAGAGUAAUGACAGACAUUGCAGACUUGCGUUUUUGGGUAUUGUGAGGUUUUGAUCUGUCGGUUGACCCAACCACUUUGGGGGUUUGAGGAUAUAGAUGAGAAUUGUGACAUACAGCUUAACAUAAUUUGCCUGGUUCAGUGGAUAAAGAGUUCUUAUCAUAAAUGACUGUCCAGUAGUUAGGAAAGAUCAACUUAGAAGAUACUUGGAGUUUGAUUAUACCUUCUUUUUAUUCUCUUAGGGUACUCAACCGGUGUCAUCGGAUCCUUUUAUAUUGAUUAUGGACUGUGAGUGCAGCUUAUAAGCAAGGUGUAUGGAUAUAUAUCCAAGCUCCAAUUGUCAUUUAGCUUCUGAUUCUAUUAUAUGUGAAUAUCAGAUGCUUGUCUUUCUUGCAGUGUAGUUGUACAUCACUAAGACUGCCGUCGCAAGAUGGCCUCUCGCUCCGUCCUCCUCCGACUGAGAUCGCAGCUCCUCCGCUCCACGAAAACUACCGCCGCUUCCGGCUCCUCUUCCUCUUCCUCCUGCACCAGCAUCUUCUUCUCCUCCACUCGCCAAAUCGCUUCCGCCGCCAGAUCGGAGCGGUUGAUUCUCUCCCCAAUUUCAGAUCUCCGCGCGGCGUCCGGCGACUCCGGCUCGAUCUCAGGUCUACGGCUCUUCUCCACGGCGCGCCGCCACCCGGCGCGGCCGAAGAACGUGGACAUUGGAGCCCGAGCUCGCCAGAUGCAGACCAGGCGGCUGUGGACCUACGCGAUCGCGUUCAGCUGCGUGGCCGGGUUCAUCGUCAUCGUACUGAACAAUUUCCAGGACCAGAUGGUGUUCUACGUGACUCCCACCGACGCGAUGGAGCAGAACAAGGCGAAUCCGAAGAAGACGAAGUUCAGAUUGGGAGGAUUGGUACUGGAAGGCAGCGUGGUCCAGCCGGCGACGACGCCGGAGAUGGAGUUCGUGGUCACUGAUUUGAUUACCGAUAUUCUGGUGAGGUAUAAAGGGGCUUUGCCGGAUUUGUUCAGGGAAGGGCAUUCGGUGGUGGUGGAAGGAUUCGUGAGGCCGAUUACGGAGGAGUUGAAGAAGGAAACGGGAGGCAAGAGUGUUUCAGAGAAGGCCAGGGGUAUAGAUGUUUACUUCUCGGCGACGGAGGUUUUGGCCAAGCACGACGAGAAGUACAUGCCUGGGGAAGUUGCUGCUGCGAUUGAGAAGAACAAGAAGAAGCUGGAAGAAGACAAAGAAGAAGGAUCAUCAGCAGCAGCAGUAGCCGAUGAGAAGAAGUGACGAAUUGGGUAUGUCUUUCCACAUUCUGAUUCAUUGACGGUAGAUUGUCAUCAAUGGGAGAGUUCAAUUAUCAAGCCACAUGAGUUGAAUUUUUGCUGGUGUAGCUUAUAUACUUGAACUAGGUGAUACUUGUUGAUUCUUAUGGAGCAGCUCCAUAUAGCCAUAGUUUACUUCAACUG